AUGGACCUGAAACAUUCGAACGUACCGGAAGUGACAGUUGUGGCGGAUGCCUACAUGCCAGGCAGCAAAUCCUCCGAUCUGAUAAAACCGUCCACCAAUGGAUCGAGCGCUACGCUCGACAAACCCGCGCUGGCCCCAGGCGAAUUCAAGGUCUACAAGCGACGAUGGCUGGUGCUGGCAAUCUUCGUGAUGUACUCCGCCUCCAAUGCACUCCAGUGGAUUCAAUACAGUAUUAUAGCAAAUAUAGUUCAGAGAUACUAUGACAUUACCAGCACGUGGGUCGACUGGACGUCGAUGAUAUUCAUGAUUCUCUACAUUCCACUCAUUUUUCCCGCUAGUUGGAUCCUGGAUAAACUGGGCCUCCGAAUUGCCGCGAUCAGUGGCGUCCUUGGAACUUGCCUGGGUGCCUGGAUAAAAUGCUUUUCCGUUCGGCCCGACUUGUUUUGGGUGGGCUUCAUAGGCCAAUCAAUUGUGGCCGCCUCGCAAGUGUUCAUCCUCUCGCUCCCGGCCAAGGUAGCUGCGGUGUGGUUUGGCCCGGACCAGGUCUCUUCUGCGUGCAGCAUUGGUGUGUUUGGAAAUCAGCUUGGUAUUGCGAUCGGCUUUCUGGUGCCUCCGAUGUUGGUUGAAAAUCACGAUGACAUCGAUCUGAUUGGUUCCGAUCUGAGGCUGAUGUUCUACAUCGUGGCUGGUUUUACAAGUGUACUUGUAAUUUUGGUGCUAGUAUUUUUCAAAGCGGCCCCUCCGACGCCUCCUUCGGCGGCGCAGGAAGCAACCAAGACACCAAAUCCGCUGCAAUCAUCGCCAUUCCUGCAUUCCAUCAAGCGCCUGAUGCUGAACCGAAACUACGUCCUGCUGCUGGUGUCGUACGGCAUGAACGUCGGUGUAUUUUAUGCCAUCUCAACCCUUCUCAAUCAGAUCGUGCUAACUCACUACCCCGGCCAUGAAGUGGAUGCCGGCCGCAUUGGAGUCUGCAUCGUGUUUGCCGGAAUGCUGGGAUCCGUGGCUUGUGGCAUUGUGCUCGAUAAGACCCAUCGAUUCAAGGAAACAACGCUGGCCGUUUAUAUAUUCACCAUGAUUGGAAUGUGGAUAUAUACGUUUACCCUGUCGGUUGGGCACAUCGCCGUAGUUUACGUCACUUCGUCCCUGCUCGGGUUCUUCAUGACCGGCUAUCUUCCGGUUGGGUUCGAAUUUGCGGCGGAGCUUACCUACCCGGAACCGGAGGGCACCUCGACCGGGCUGCUGAAUGCGGCCGCACAGGUGUUCGGCAUCGCGUUCACCAUGGCGUACUCGGAGAUCCUCAACACCAGCGGCGACAUUGUGGCGAACGUCACGAUGGCUGUGAUGCUUUUUGUCGGUUCGGUCGUGACGGCCAUCAUACGGUCGGACCUGCGCCGUCAGGCGGCCCAAAAUCCGAACGCUUAAAUCCCAGUGGCACGUGUAUCAAUGAUCAAUGGCGGAUUGGAGUUCCGAUUUGGUCCAGCAUAAAGUGCUGGUCGUUUUAGAAUUGAAAAUUUAUACCAGGUAAAAUGUCGAUACCUAGAUGUGUUAUUUAUGCUAACUUGUAAUGAUUGUUGUUAAUGGCAUAGAGAAAUUUAAAUCGCAUACUCGUUAUUUUUUCGAGCAAAAAAGGAAGCAAAAGACAAAUUUAAUUAAUGGCAAGCAAACAGACUGGUAACAUUUAUGCGAUUCACUUCGGCAGGACCACUGAAUGGAGCAAAGGAAUAAUUAUACCUUACAAUAACGAUUGCAGGCAUUCCGGACUGACACGCCUGUCUGUGCCAGUAUUCCACGCAGCGAAACAAAGGCAACGUAAAGUCAUUAACAUUCAACUCGACAGGAGGCUGUUCUAUCAAGACAGGGAGAAUAUUCUUCAGUGUAAAGUGGGAAUGUUGUUUUCGAGCU